CGGGCGGCUGCGACUGCGCCUUGGGCGGCCGUCGGGCCGAGAACCAUGAGCCCCGGGGGCGCGGGCUGCUCGGCCGGGCUGCUGCUGACGGUCGGCUGGCUGCUCCUGGCCGGCCUGCAGGGCGUGUGCGGGGCCAACUUCACGGCCGCCCAGGAUCCCGGCCUGGGCCGCGAGGGCGAGGGCGCGGGCGAGGGCGAGGAGGAGGCCGAGAGCGACGGCGAGGAUCAGAACGAGAACGAGCCCGAGGCCGAGCCCGAGGAGGAUGUUUCAAAUAGGACAGUAGUCAAAGAAGUCGAGUUUGGCAUGUGCACCGUUACGUGUGGUAUUGGUAUUAGAGAAGUUAUAUUAACAAAUGGAUGCCCUGGAGGAGAAUCCAAGUGCAUUGUGCGCGUGGAAGAAUGCCGGGCAGCGGUCGACUGUGGCUGGGGUAAACCAGUUUCAGAAAGUCUUGAAAGUGUUAGUCUGGAAUGUAUUCAUACAUCUCCUAUAAAUCGUUUCAAAUAUAUUUGGAAACUUCUAAGGCCAAAUGAACAAGCCAUUGUACUUCCAAAUGAUUCAGCAAUCCUGGAAGUACACAGGGAAACUCGCCCCUUGGCUUUCCAGUGUGAGACCUUGGAUAAUAAUGAAAUAGUAGCAUCUAUUAAAUUCACAAUCUAUACAACAAGUGAAAUGCAAAUGAGAAGAUCAGUCCGACCAGACACUGAUGCAGUCCUAGUUUUUGUGCUGACCGUAGGAGUUGUUGUGUGUAUAUUCGUGAUCUUUGUACUGAUCUUCAUAAUUAUAAACUGGGCUGCAGUCAAGUCAUUCUGGGGGGCAAAAACCUCAACAACUGAGAUACAGUCUGAGCUGAGUUCAAUGAGAUACAAAGAUUCAACUUCUCUUGACCAAUCACCAACAGAAAUACCAGGACAUGAAGAGGAUGCUUUAAGUGAAUGGAAUGAAUGAUGUAUGGAUGACAUAUAACAAACCAAAGGAGAUUAGAGAGUGUUAGAUUCAUUACUAUAAAAAUAAAAUAUGUAGUGAAAUACUUUAA